AUGGCUACAGAAGAGCAUUCCGAGGCACCUCAGCCUUUGACAGAGCUUCCUUUUGCGCCACUUACAAAAUCGCACAUCAUCCAUUGCUCAUACCACAACUGGUAUCCCAAGUAUCGUGCUAUAUCUCCCAAAGCUCGCCUCAUCCCGCUUACUCGCCCUUUCCUUGAUUAUCUACGCGCAGACGGCAUUGUGAUCCCUCCGGACGAGGACGAUCCUCGCCGCGACUGGUCAGAUAGCGAUUCUGGUAUCUUCUCGGCUUCUGACACCGCCGGAGAAGAGGAUGACGAUGAAGAGGAGGAUCCUUCUGCUGAAUGGCGCAACAUUCACCGAGCCAUCAAGAAUACCAUCGCUGAGCUUGGUGGUAAGGUUGUCCCUAAACUGAACUGGUCCGCUCCCAAGGACGCCACCUGGAUCGCUGCUACAAACAGUAUGGAGUGCAGACUCCCCAGCGACAUCUACUUGCUCCUCAAAAGCUCCGACUUUGUUACGCACGAUCUCGAGCAUGCUUUUGAUGACUGUAUUGAGGACGAAUCGCCUUCCGACGACAUUCCCAAAACCACAAAUGACAUCCCAUACCACCUGGUCCUGCGCAAGUUCUUUCAGAUGAACCCCUCUGUUGAAUUCAGAUGCUUCGUCAGGAAUCGCAAGCUCAUCGCUCUGUGUCAACGAGACCUGAACCAUUUCGACUUCCUCUUCCGCAUGCAAGACAAGCUACGCCAUGUCAUUCACAAUUUCUUCGAUGACAAACUGAAGCACACUUUCCCAGAUGCCGACUUUGUCUUUGACGUCUACGUGCCCCCACCGCAUGAUCGUGUUUGGUUAAUUGAUGUCAAUCCUUGGGCAGUCAGGACAGACCCUUUGUUAUUCAGCUGGCUGGAGCUUUUGACGCUACCCGAACCACCCGAGGAAAAGGUUGUUCGCAUUCCUAUCAGGCCUGCUGGUGCUCCUGUAGAAACUCAGGAGCAGUCUGACUCACAAGCGAUUGAUUCAAAAGAGGGCGAAGUCACAGAGGGAAGGACAGAUUUGGAGGAUGAUGAAGAAGAAGCCGAUGAGGAGAUUUGGGUCCCCGAGUUCCGAUUGAUCAGGAAAGAUGACCCUGAAGCCUACAGCUUCAACACACCACAGUACAGUGCACACAAGCUACCACGAGAUGUCGUCGAUGCAAGUCAGGGCGGACCUGGCGCAUUAAGAGAGUUUGCAGACAAUUGGAAAGAGAUGCUAGCAAAACAACAGCAGGAAGAUGCAGAAUACGAGAGCAGUGAGGGGGAUUAA